UACGCCGCGGCGGCGACUGUGCCGCUGAUCAAGUCGCCCUCCCUCUGGCUUCCACCACCGGUCGAGCUGCCUUCAGAUGUCCAUCCCUUGCCCGAGGACAUCACGGCCUACUUCGUUUACCCAUUCACGCUAGAACAGCACGUCGUGUCGCUGCAGCCGCCACCACACAUCGCGAUCGCGGAACGGCGAGCACGUAAUGCUGCGAUCUUGCAUGCGCGCGAAGCCGAGGAGGAGGAGCGCGAGAAGGCCGCUCUGCACAAGCUCGCGCCUGGGUACAACCCUGCUGCCAUGUUGGUGCCCACA